GCAAGAUUGAUUUUCUUUUUUGAGUGCGGUCAGUUAGCGGUGUGGUGUGCGCACUUGAUUUUGACAAUGAAGAUUGAAGAAGUGAAAAGUACAACAAAGACCCAGCGAAUUGCUGCCCACAGUCACGUUAAGGGAAUUGGUCUCGAUGAGAAUGGUAUGGCGAUUCCAGUCGCUAGCGGCCUUGUUGGGCAAGAGCAAGCGCGAGAGGCGGCUGGCAUCAUCAUCGAGCUGAUCAAAUCUAAAAAGAUGGCUGGCAGGGCAGUUCUCCUAGCAGGACCCCCAGGCACAGGAAAGACUGCCAUAGCUCUAGCCAUAGCUCAGGAGCUAGGCACGAAAGUGCCCUUCUGUCCCAUGGUGGGAAGCGAAGUAUACUCCUCUGAAGUAAAGAAGACAGAAGUGCUGAUGGAGAACUUCAGGCGUGCAAUUGGGCUGCGAAUCAAGGAAACAAAGGAAGUCUAUGAAGGAGAGGUGACGGAAUUGACUCCUUGUGAGACAGAGAACCCCAUGGGAGGAUAUGGAAAGACAGUGAGUCACGUCAUUAUUGGUCUGAAGACUGCCAAGGGAACCAAGCAGCUCAAGCUUGACCCCACAAUAUAUGAGAGCCUGCAGAGGGAAAAAGUAGAAGUGGGAGAUGUCAUCUACAUCGAGGCAAACAGCGGAGCCGUCAAGAGGCAAGGACGGUCAGAUGCAUAUGCGACAGAAUUUGACUUGGAGGCAGAAGAGUAUGUCCCACUUCCUAAAGGAGACGUGCACAAGAAGAAGGAUGUGAUCCAGGAUGUUACCCUGCACGACCUUGACGUGGCCAAUGCUCGCCCUCAAGGUGGCCAGGACAUCCUAUCCAUGAUGGGUCAACUCAUGAAGCCUCGCAAGACUGAAAUCACAGACAAGCUACGCAAGGAGAUCAACAAAGUAGUGAACAAGUAUAUCGAUCAAGGCAUUGCCGAGCUUGUGCCAGGUGUGCUGUUCAUUGAUGAGGUGCACAUGCUGGACAUCGAAUGCUUCACAUACCUACACAGGGCACUUGAAUCUUCCAUUGCACCAAUCGUCAUCUUUGCCACCAACAGAGGGCGCUGCACAGUCAGGGGUACAGAAGAUGUGGUGUCACCUCAUGGAAUUCCUCUGGACCUCUUGGACAGGCUCAUGAUUGUUCGAACCUUGCCCUACUCUCAGGAGGAGAUGGUCCAGAUCUUGCGAAUCCGAGCUCAAACAGAGGGCAUCGAUAUUGACGAAGAGUCUUUGCAGUCGCUGGGUGAGAUUGGAACACACACCACACUCAGGUAUGCUGCCCAACUGUUGAGCCCCUCAAGCCUCCUGGCCAAGGUGAAUGGGAGAAGCUCCAUUCGCAAGGAAGAUGUCAAGGAGAUCAGCGAUCUCUUCCACGAUGCCAAGUCUUCCGCAAAAAUCCUGGCCGAGCACAAUGACAAGUACAUGCAGUAGCUGCUCCUGGUCACCAUCGUCUGUGUCAUACCUCUGUCUAUACCACAUUGUUGAGCCGAGUAAAGUAUAUCAUCCCACGUC